AUUGCUCUCUGUGCUCGCCACCGUCUCGAAAAAUGCGACCCCUGCAACGUAAACUUCGUCAACACCAACCGCCUCGCCCAACUCCUAGUCCAGAACCCCAACCUUCUCUGUCCCCCUCCAAACAAUGUCGUCACACAGAAGCUUACGCAGAUGGUCGUCAGCACGAAAGACGAAGGGAAUAACCUGUUCAAAGCAGGCCACGCACAACAAGCACUAACCCGCUACACCGCCGCUGCCCAACUCGCCGUGCAGAGACCUCCAUGGGAAACAAACGCCCUCAUGCGUGAGGAACUCACAACCGUCGUCUCCAACAGAUCCGCAGCUUAUUACGACGUGCACGACUACGUCUCCGCACUAGCCGACGCCGAAACCGUCAUCGCCAUCCGCCGGAAUUGGAGUAAAGGCCACUUCCGCAAAGCAAAGGCGCUCCUUGGUUUACACCGUCUCCAAGAAUCAGCUGAUGCUAUCCGUUUGGGACUUUCUUUUGAGCCCCACAAUGCGGUUCGUUUUUCC